AUGCCACAGCUGUGUUACUGUAACUCCCAGUGGACAGUACUGGAGUCCAGGUAUGAUACCAAGCUAUCAUCUCCAGAGCAGCACAUUUAUGAAAUACAGAUGCCACAGUGGGAGAUAAUGGAAAGCCUCACAAGUUAUGGUCUUGAGUGUUCUAGGUUCCAAGAUGAUUGGGAAUGCAGAAGCCAGUUUGACAGACAACGGGGAAAUCCAGAUGGACAUUUGAGUCAAAUGAUAAUCAGUCAUGAAGAAAUAGCCACUUUAAACCAACAAGCAUCAUUUCCUUUUUAUCAGAAAACUCAUCGUGGAGAAAAACCCUAUGAAUAUAACGAAUGUAGAAAAGACUUCUGGCAGGAGGACUUCCUUAUUAAUCAUCAAGGAAUUCAUGCUAAUGAGAAACCCUAUAAAUGUAAGGAAUGUGGCAAGGCCUUUAAGUAUGGCUCACGACUAAUUCAACAUGAGAAUAUUCAUUCUGGCAAGAAACCCUAUGAAUGUAACGAAUGUGGAAAGGCCUUCAAUUCUGGUUCAAAUUUCAUACAACAUCAGAGGGUUCAUACUGGUGAGAAACCUUAUGAAUGUAAGGAUUGUGCAAAGGCCUUUAGUCGAAGCUCACAGCUGAUUGAACAUCAACGAAUUCAUACUGGUGAGAAACCCUAUCAAUGUAAGGAAUGUGGCAAGGCCUUCAAUAGGAUCUCACAUCUUAAAGUACAUUAUAGAAUUCAUACUGGUGAAAAACCCUAUGCAUGCAAGGAAUGUGGGAAGACCUUUAGUCAUCGGUCUCAGUUGAUUCAACAUCAGACUAUUCAUACGGGCAAGAAACUCUAUGAAUGUAAGGAAUGUGGGAAGGCCUUUAAUCAAGGCUCAACUCUUAUUAGACAUCAGAGAAUCCAUACUGGUGAGAAACCCUAUGAAUGCAAGGCAUGUGGGAAGGCCUUUAGAGUGAGCUCACAACUUAAGCAACAUCAGAGAAUUCACACUGGAGAGAAACCCUACCAAUGUAGGGUUUGCGGUAGGGCUUUCAAACGGGUCUCACAUCUUACUGUACAUUAUAGAAUUCAUACAGGUGAGAAACCAUAUGAAUGUAAGGAAUGUCGAAAGGCCUUCAGUCAUUGCUCACAACUGAUUCAGCAUCAGGUAAUUCAUACUGAGGAAAAGUCUUGUAAAUAUAAGGAAUGUGGGAGGACUUUACAUCAUGAUUCAGCUACUGUUCAACACCAGAGAAUGCAUAAUAAAGAAACACAAGUGAACAUAAUAAAUGUAGAAAAGCCUUCCAUUAGCACUUAUCCUUUAUUAAUCAUCAGAGAAUUUAUGUUAGCAAGCAACCAUAUCAAUGGAAAUAAUGGGGAGAGCCCAUUAGCUUAGGCUAGUCCCAACUUCUUAUAUUUUGCAGAAAGACUUGAAGAAUGUAAUGCAAAUGGGAAUGCCUUCAUUCAAGCUAUCCUUUAUCCUGAGUCAUAAGAUUAAUAAUGAAAAAUUUUACGGAUAUAAAUUGUUUAGACCAUAAUUAUUGAAGAAGCAAGGGAAGGUUGGAAAAAAAAAUUUGUCUCUAACAUAUUACAGGAUCACAUUUUCUAACCACACUGUAAUAAUUUUAACAACAGCCAGAAAUUUUAAUUUUUUGGCACUUGAAAAAAAAAAACAGCCAAAUUACU